GGGCACUCACGUCGCCCACGCCAGGCGCCUAUGACCUGUAUAUCGUAUCGGAGCCUGAGUUCUCGUCUGAAUCUAUGUCAAAAGUGUUCGAAAUUCCUACUUGCAUUCCUGACCUUACUGAUCACAUAGUCAAGGGUGAACAUCCUGAGUCUACAAAUAGUCAUUAUCAUAUCUGCAAGUGCACCUGGGACCGACCGAGUUAUUCUCCGGUAUGUGCUAGUCCAACGAUCAACAUGAACUGAUAAUUCUCACAUCUUCAGGUCACGGUGGCAGUCAAGGUUAUUAGGGUACUACAACCUAAUAAUGUCUUGGAUCUCAAUGAGAGAUACGACGAAUUACUACAAGAAAUUAGAGUAUGGGGAAGACUUCAAAACGAACAUAUUUUGCCUGUGCUCGGAUACGUAUACGGGCAUGGUCAUUUACCUAGCCUUGUGUUUCCUUGGAUGGAGAAUGGGAGCUUAACCAACUUCUUGCGCGAACACGAGACCUUAGAGCGUGGCGAACGUUUUCGCUUGCUGCGAGAUAUCGCCUUGGCACUGCAAUAUUUGCAUUAUAUCGCUGUGGUUCACGGAGAUCUAACAGGUGACAACAUUUUGGUUGACUGGCAGGGGCGUGCUUUUGUAACGGGCGUCGGGCUUUCCAAGAGGCUUAACGAAUUCGCGUCCAGCCCAGAGUUUGGUUCGGGCGACAUCCGUUCGGCCACUAUUCGCUGGAUAGCGCCCGAGUUAGUCGAUGAUGAAGAGACCUUUCCCACUUCCAAAAGCGAUGUGUGGUCUUUUGGUUGCAACAUGAUUCAUGUGCUCUCUGGGCAGUUGCCCUGGUGGUCAAUUCGAUCUAACCACAUUCCCCUCCAAUUACUUGCAAAGAAGGUACCACCACUACCACCAGUAAUUAAGAAUCAGGUCCAAGAUUCAUCCUUCCUCCGAAAAUGCUUCUCUUUUGCGCCAACAGACCGCCCUUCCGCAGAUCAGACACUAGCCUUUGUACGCGAAGCGCUAAGAACGGGAAUGCCGCGGACCGCGCAAGUUGUGGCGCACGAUCAUGAAAAAGGCAUUUCUCCUGUUGAACGGCAUGAUCACAAAGGCAUUCCUGAUGUUAUAGCCGAGUUCAAACGACGUGUUUUUCUGGUUCCAUCACAUUUGAUCCAUAUCCCAAAAAUGGAAUUGAUCUCGCGGGACAAACUUAUUACGAUACUGAAACCAGAGACGAUCACCGAGGAGGACAUCCGUCGGUGCGGGGGGUGGUCGAGGCAGUCUGCCAUAGAGUCGGCUGUGAUCGACCUGCUCAAAUAUGCCAUUCUAUCGCACCGAUGGGGAGAAUCGGAGCCAACAUUCCAAGACCUAAAAUGCGAAGGAGCGGGUUACAAGAAGCUGGAGAAGUUUUGCUCAAAAGCAAAGGAGUAUGGCUGUGAUCUCGCAUGGUCUGAUACCUGCUGCAUUAACAAAGAAAGCAGCUCAGAGCUCGACGAAGCAAUUCGGUCGAUGUACAUGUGGUACCGCGAAGCCUAUAUAUGCAUAGUGCACCUGGCUCAGACAAAUUCGUGGGAUACGCUGGAAAAUGACGAGUGGUUCUUUCGUGGCUGGACGUUACAGGAGCUCCUUGCACCCCUUAGGAUGAGGUUUUAUUACGGUUCUACAUGGACGCCCCUUACACAAAAUUCCAACGACAAAGACGACGCCAAGGUUGUUCAUGCUCUUUAUCGCGCUACCAAUAUCCCCGAAAACGACCUGCGCAACUUUCGCUCCGGGCCAAAUCGUGCCUGGGAGAAGAUGAGCUGGGCAGCGAGUCGGAAGACAACCCGUAUUGAAGAUGUUGCCUACUCUCUCACCGGCAUCUUUGACAUCACCAUGACGGUCGCAUAUGGAGAAGGAGAUCGAGCUUUUAAAAGAUUCAUGGCAGAGCUUAUUGAGAAGUGCAAGGAAUGGCAAAUUCUUGUGUGGGCCGGCGGACUCCCUGGUCGUCCAACAGAGCCUUCCUGUUAUCACACAACAGACGAAGCAGCGCUCGAGAUGCUCAAGAACCACGAGAUCUCGUGGUGGGGAGAGGGUAGCGGUGAUGACGGCUUCUCAGUCACGAAGCGUGGCGUGCAGGUCAAGCUACUCAUGGUCCCCGCCUCCAUUGACCAGAGUCUCUGGCAGUCGGUAUUCCUUUCCCGUCCCGCUGAUAGCCUCAUGACAUCCGAGUCACCGCUCGAAGAGCUGGUUGUUCAAUCCCCUUUCUUUCCACCUGCAUCUACGACAGAGUGGGCGAUCGGGAUCGUUAACUACCACGACCAUGAUGACGCUAUGAAAGGGAAGUUGAAAGCAGGACAAAUUUAUAUAUGUUUCCUCUUGAGGCGGUUUUCUCGCCCUGGACUGGAUACCGUGCGUAACCACUGGAAAAGGGAGGUUACGGAGAGGAUUUUGACGGUUCGUUGCAAACACGACUUCGAAAAAGAAGUAGAGAUUGUUUGGUUAUAAAAUCUGGAAUAGUGGUAGAGGAUUCGAGUUGAUUAUCUGGAGAAGACCAGUGUAGCACGUACAGUAGAACGCGCGCUCAAUCAUGUUACGAACGGCUCACAGUAUGUUCAAUAUACCACAUCUGUGAUGAGAAUGAGUACAUAUCAACAGACAGGUUCUGACAAAUGAUUGAGAUGGAUAUAACUUUCAGACAGCACAGCU